AUGGCAUUGUCUGGCCUCAAUUUCGCCGUACUGCUGCUCUCGCUCUCCAUGUUCUCUCACGCCAGCAAACCGUGCGUCGAGCAGGAGAAAGGCUCCCUCCUCCAGUUUCUCGCCGUCCUGACGAGGGACAGCGGCCUUGCCGUGUCGUGGCGCAACAACGGCACGGCAGACUGCUGUUCAUGGGACGGCGUCACCUGCGACAUGGACGGGACGGUCGUCGAGGUCUCGCUGGCCAACAGAGGUCUCGAAGGCCAUAUCUCGCCGGCUCUUGGUGACCUCACCGGACUGCGGCGCCUCAACCUCUCCCACAACUCGCUGUCCGGUGGCCUGCCACUCGAGCCGCUCGUGUCGGCCGGCAGGGUCGUCGUCGUCGACGUCAGCUUCAACCGCCUCAGCGGAGAGCUAGGCGAGCUGCCAGCAGCAGCAUCUUCGGCCACUCACGGCCGGCUGCUGCCGCUGCAGGCGCUGAACGUCUCCAGCAACAUGUUCACCGGAGAUUUUCCAUCGAGCUCAUGGAAGCUGACGUCAAAUCUGGUGGUGCUCAACGCGAGCAACAACAGCUUUAGCGGGCAGGUGCCGUCUUCUUUCUGCCUUGCAUCACCAUCCUCCUUUGCUGUGCUUGACCUCCAGUACAACAAGUUGAGUGGUGCCAUCCCGCCUGCGCUUGGCAAUUGCUCCAUGCUCAGGGUGCUCAGCAUUGGUCAUAACAACCUAUCCGGGACUAUCCCGGAUGAACUCUUCAAAUCUACCUCCCUGCUAGAGCGCCUCUCCUUUCGCAACGCUGGGUUACGAGGAAGACUUGAUGGUGCACACGUGGCCAAGCUCACUCGCUUGGCUGCUCUAGACCUUGGAGAGAACAAUUUCACUGGCAAGGUUCCAGAAUCCAUAGGCCAGCUCAGGAGAUUGGAGGAGCUCCUUUUGGACUACAACCAGAUGUCUGGGGAGCUGCCACCGAGUCUGUGCAACUGUACAAGCCUCACAGACAUUAACCUCAAGAACAACAAGUUUGGUGGAGAGCUCGGCAGUGUCAACUUUGCCACGCUGCAAAAUCUAAAACGAUUAGAUGUUGCAGCAAACAACUUCACUGGUGUGAUUCCGGAAAGCAUCUACUUCUGCACAAAUUUGAUGGCGCUGCGAGUGUCUAGAAACAAUUUCCAUGGUGAGCUCUCUCCUAGGAUCCUCAACCUCAAGUCCCUCACCUUCCUAUCACUUUAUUACAACUCCUUCACAAACAUCACAAAGGCAUUUCAGAUCCUAAAGAGGUCCAAUAGUAUCAGGGCCUUGUUCGUGGGCAAGAACUUCAUGCGUGAAGCCAUGCCACAGGACGAAACCAUGGAUGGUUUUGACAAUCUGCAAGCUCUUGGAAUAGAUCACUGCUCGUUAACUGGUAAGAUGCCAACAUGGGUGUCAAAACUCAAAAACCUGGAGGUAUUACUUCUGAACCACAAUCGAUUGGAAGGACAACUACCAAGCUGGAUCAAGGACCUAAACUGUCUCUUAUAUCUGAACCUAUCAAACAACACCCUUUCUGGGAAGAUUCCAACGGAACUAUUGGAUAUGACAAUGCUUAAAUCAAUCAAGCCUGCAGCUCAUUUGGAUCCAAGUUAUUUUGCCCUGCCUAUUUAUAUGACUUUUUGGCAUCAAUACCGCCAGGCUAGUGCCUUCCCUGAAGUGCUGGACUUGAGCAAUAAUAACUUCACUGGGAGGAUCCCUGGAGACAUUGGUCAGUUAGAAGCACUCAAUACACUCAAUCUAAGCUUCAACAGAUUGGAUGGAGAAAUCCCACAUUCUCUCUGUAACCUCACGAACCUGCAGGUUCUUGAUUUAUCCAGCAAUCUUCUUACGGGUGAGAUCCCGGCGGCUCUGAAAAAUUUGCACUUCCUUUCCAAGUUCAAUGUCUCUAACAAUGACCUGGAAGGGCCUGUUCCAACAGAAGGGCAAUUAAGUACAUUUCCAAAUUCUAGUUUUGAUGGCAACCCAAAGCUCUGUGGCUCUAUGCUUUCUCAUCAGUGUAAUCCUAAUUAUCCUACAGAAGCAGCUCCGACAUCCAUUAUGAUCACAAGGGACUGCAGCGAGAAGAUCAUUUUCGCCGUCGCCUUUGCUGUGUCCUUUGGACUAGGAGUGCUAUACGAGCAGUUAGUUCUCUCCACAUUUCACUGCUGCUUUCAGUCGUAA